AUGGUCUGUUUGUUUGGGGAAGGGAGGCGUCUGUCCUCGGCUCUCACUCUUCUCAAAGUUCUUCUGCGCUGCAGCUCUUCCUUCGUUCUGUGGUGACUGAUGAAUAGUCACAAUGUGCUGUGAUUCCUCACGCAGGCGGGCUGUGUGUGUGUGAGAGGGGGAGGUGAAAGUUCACCAUGGCUUGGCCAUAUCAAGUGACAAUGUGGAAAAGUUAGGCUGCCUCCUCAGAUUAAAUUUCCCAAACUCAGAGAAUGACAAGCGAAAGGAGCUACAUUGAAGUGGACGGAGAAAACGAAGCGCUACCGUUCGAAUAUUUUGACGACGAUGAUGAUUUCGACACAUUCACUGACGGGGACGGAGACUGCGGCUGUGAUGAAGGAGUGCUGGGGUUCAGUGAUCCGUUCAGCAGCGAGGUGAAACCGCGGAUCCUGCUCAUGGGCCUGAGGCGAAGUGGCAAGUCUUCCAUUCAGAAAGUCGUGUUCCACAAGAUGUCACCCAACGAGACUCUCUUUCUGGAAAGCACCAAUAAGAUUUGCCGAGAGGAUGUUUCCAACAGUUCCUUUGUCAGCUUCCAAAUCUGGGACUUUCCUGGUCAGAUUGAUUUCUUCGACCCCACAUUCGACUAUGAGAUGAUAUUUCGCGGCACAGGGGCUCUCAUCUUUGUCAUAGACUCGCAGGAUGAUUAUGUGGAGGCACUGAGUAGACUUCACCUCACUGUGACAAGAGCCUACAAGGUCAACCCAGAUAUCAACUUUGAGGUGUUCAUCCACAAGGUGGAUGGGCUGUCAGAUGACCACAAGAUUGAAAAACAGAGGGACAUACACAAACGAGCCAAUGAUGAUCUAGCUGAUGCCGGUUUAGAAAGAAUACACUUAAGUUUCUACUUGACGAGCAUCUAUGAUCAUUCAAUCUUUGAGGCUUUCAGUAAAGUUGUGCAGAAACUCAUCCCUCAACUUCCCACCCUUGAGAAUCUGCUUAACAUUUUUAUAUCUAAUUCAGGGAUUGAAAAGGCUUUUCUCUUUGAUGUGGUUAGUAAGAUUUACAUAGCAACCGACAGCAGCCCGGUGGACAUGCAGACCUACGAGUUGUGUUGUGACAUGAUAGAUGUGGUUAUCGACAUCUCGUGCAUCUAUGGAUUGACUGGAGAUGAGGCAGGAACUCCAUAUGAUAAAGAAUCCAUGGCCAUAAUCCACUUGAACAACACUACGGUCAUGUACCUAAAAGAGGUCACCAAGUUUCUUGCCCUGGUGUGUUUCCUCAGGGAAGAGAGUUUUGAGAGGAAAGGACUUAUCGACUACAAUUUCCACUGUUUCAAGAAAGCCAUAGAGGAGGUGUUUGACGUGCGCUUGAAAGUGCAGAGGAGUCGGAAGCUUCUGAGCCAAAGGAGGUGGAGCAGACAGACCGUGCCAAACGGGACUCAGGUGCAUCCUCAUUGAAGAGCAUGGAAAGCCAUCCAGCCUGUGACAGUGACUCGAGUGUGAAGGAUUCACACAGACUUUGCUUGAGCUCCUUUUCACGGCCACUUACUGCUCUUCAGCGAUCCAAAAGGGCCAUACAGACUGAUUUAUGCCUUAAAUAUCUUGCACCUCUAACUUAGCCAUCCAUGCCAUUCUUAGCCAGCCUUAUAACUCAGCCAUUACCACAAAAUACAUGGUAAAAGCCAUUUCCAAAGAUAUUUAUCACAUAUGUACAGUAGGGCACAAACAUGUCAUUUAACUUCUACAUGCACUAUAAAAGAAAGAAAGAAAGGCAUUUAAUUGCUCAAUUAAAAUAGAAUUUCACUCUUUUUAUUCAGAAUUAUUUAUAUUUUUCAUUGCCCCUGCCGAUGUUUUUUACUUUGUCAUUUGUUCAUGGUUAAACGGCUGUUCGGUUUCAUAAAGAAUUUUG